AUGAAUUCUGCAUCAUUAUUAGCUGAUGCAGGACACUCUUUAAGUGAUUUAACUAGCGAUUUUGUAACAUUAUAUACUUUUCGAAAAUCCAGAAAACCUCCAGAUGCAACACACCCUUAUGGUUACGGAAAAUAUGAAACAAUUGGUUCUCUUGGAGUAUCGACAUUUUUAAUCCUUGGUGCUUUAGGAAUUGGUCAUCACGCUUAUGAACUCCUUUUGGCUUCUUUACCUCAUGAAAUUACUACUGGUGGAGUUAUAGAAAAUACUAUUGAAACUAUAGAAAAUACUAUUGAUGCCAUAGUUCAUCAUGAGAAUUCAUCACAAUUAAAUCCUAAUGCUGCCUGGCAUCAUCGAAGUGAUGCUGCUUCAAGUUUGGUAGCAUUAGCUUCAAUUGUUGGAAGUUAUUUCGGAUUUCCACUUCUUGAUCCAAUAGGUGGCAUUUUAGUGGCGGGAAUGAUUAUGAAAAGUGGAAUCAAUAUUUUAAUUACUUCUCUAAAAGAAUUGGUUGAUGUUGGAAUGGAAGAAAAUGUUAUUCAUCGUGUUAAUAAUGCUGUUCAAAAAUUUCAGAAUGAAGAGCCAAAUGUUGUCAAUUUUCAUAGUAUAAGGGGACGUAAAUCUGGACCGUUCUAUUUAAUCGAUAUGGUUGUACAAGUUAAACCAUAUCUAACCGUUAUGAAUGCUCAUAGUAUUGAAGAAAAAGUUAGAGAAGCGGUUAAAAAAGAAUGUAAAAGUGUUAAAGAGGUAUUAAUUCAUUUAGAUGCAUAUCAUCAUGAACCUCAUCAUUAA